UCUCCUUUUUGAACCGUCCGAUGGGGACGCGGAAAAAGAUUAAAAUAUUGACUGGUAAUUUGGUACUAAGCAGAGGGGUAGUUUGGUAUUUUUGGUUAGAGUGGCUGUACCGUGAGUUUGUCCAGGUGGCCUAAAGAUGGAACUGGCCUUUGCGUAUCGCGAGAACCCACCUUUCACGCGGCCCUUGAGCCCUAGUGGCCGGUGCCUGUCUAUAUAAGGGCUCCUCGUCUUCUCAUUUGAAUCAUAAUACAAACCCUAGAGAAGCCUUCAGGAAGCGAGGCAGAAAGUUUGAUUCAGAAAAAGGUUCUCUCGCUGCUGCGGAGCGUUUUCGAUUUUUCUCGAGAAAAUCUUAGAAGAAAAGCCUCUGCAGUAGCUUCGAUUUUCACUCGGCUGGAUCGAAAUGGCCCGCUCUUUGUCUAACGCUAAGGUUAUCUCUGCUAUCGUCGUGGAUGGAUUCUCUCUCGCAAUCCACAGACGCGGAUACGCGGCCGCAUCAGGAGCUGUCUCUAGCGUAGCUAGAGGACAGAAGAGUGGAGUGGUGGUGAAGAAACUGGGAGAAGAGAUGAAAGGAAGAGCAUCGGAGACAUCUCCGUGGGUUCCAGAUCCGGUGACUGGAUACUAUAGACCAGAGAAUGAAGCAAAACAGAUUGACGUGGCGGAGCUGCGACAGACGCUCUUGAAACACAAGAACUAAGAAACCAAACAGAGUUGUGACCCGCUCUUGUAUCAGCCGUUCAAGAUUGUAUUAUUUCCAGGAAUAAUACAAAUUUAAAAUAAAAUUUAUUACAAUUUUGAUGUCUCAA